GAAGGUUGACAACGUGCGAUUCAUCCGAACUAGGGUUUAUCUCAGCCCUUUUUAAAUCACAUAUCCAAAAAGGAAUUGAGAAGGUUGAAAAUAGUAAAAAUACGAGUUAAAUCAGAGGGGGAAACGUAAUCUGAGAUCGUCUGUUUACCGGGGUGGUGUUGCUCGGUGUUAAUCCAUUUUCCAAUGUGCAUUGCGCCAAAUUGAGCAACGCCCAUUCUCAGGAACAUGGCGGAGAAGCAGCUGGUCGUGGCCGUUGAAGGCACUGCCGCCAUGGGUCCCUAUUGGCAAGCCGUUGUUUCCGAUUACCUGGACAAGAUCAUCAGGUACUUUUGUGGUAAUGAGUUGGCAGGGCAGAAGCCCUCUUCUUCUAACUUUGAGCUCUCUCUGGUCGUGUUUAAUGCUCAUGGAUCUUAUUGUAGUUGCUUAGUACAACGAAGUGGUUGGACAAGAGAUGUUGAUCUUUUCUUGCAGUGGCUGUCUGCUUUACCCUUUGCUGGUGGUGGUUUCAAUGAUGCUGCAAUUGCAGAAGGGCUUGCUGAAGCUCUGAUGAUGUUCUCUGUUGCUGCAAAUGGAAGCCAAACCCAACAAAAUGUGGAUGGACAACGACAUUGCAUUCUAGUAGCUGCAAAUAACCCUUAUCCCUUGCCCACACCAGUUUAUCAACCACAAAUGCAAAACAUGGAACAGAAUGAGAGCAUUGAAUCACAAACAGAAAGUCGUCUUUCUGAUGCAGAGGCAGUUGCUAAAUCAUUUGCUCAGUGCUCUGUUUCUUUGUCAGUCAUUUGUCCAAAACAGCUUCCGAAACUAAAAUCAAUUUAUAAUGCGGGAAAGCGCAAUCCCCGAGCAGCAGAUCCACCAGUUGAUAAUGUUAAAAACCCUCAUUUCCUGGUUCUAAUCUCAGAUAGUUUCAUGGAGGCUCGUGCUGCUUUAAGUCGGCCUGGACUUUCAAAUAUGACAGCAAAUCAGAGUCCUGUAAAAAUGGAUAUAGCUUCAGUUCCUCAGGUUUCAGCGGCCCCUCCUGCUUCUAUUCCAUCAGUGAAUGGUAUCAUGAACCGGCCAACAAUUGCUGUUGGAGCUGUCCCGACUGCUACUGUAAAAGUUGAACCAAGCACGGUAACUUCCAUCACAUCUGGACCUGGUUUUCCACAUAUUCCAUCUGUCCCACGUGCUGCUUCUCAAGGAGUUCCAAGCCUUCAGACUUCUUCACCAUCUUCUACUUCUCAGGAGAUGAUCUCAAAUGGUGACAAUGUCCAAGAUUUGAAACCUAUAGUGAGUGGUAUAUCACAGACCUUACGUCCUGUGGUUCCCGCUGCAGCAAAUGUAAGCAUUCUGAACAACCUCUCUCAAGCACGGCAAGUGAUGCAUUCUGCAGCCCUAAGUGGGGGAACUUCUAUAGGACUUCAGUCAAUGGGUGGGACUUCCAUGGCUAUGCAUAUGUCAAAUAUGAUAUCCAGUGGAAUGGCAUCAUCUGUGCCUGCCACUCAAACUGUGUUCUCCUCUGGGCAGUCAGCUGUCUCAUCAAUAACUGGAUCAGGGACACUAGCAGGAACUGCACAGGUUGCACAAAACUCAGCUCUUGGUUCGUUCACUUCAGCAACUUCUAAUAUGUCAGUAAACUCAAACCUUGGCAUUUCUCAACCAUUGAGUAAUCUUCAAGGAGGUGUUAGUAUGGGCCAAACAGUACCUGGAAUGAGCCAAGGGAAUCUUCCUGGAGGACAAAUGGUACAAAGUGGAAUUGGUAUGAACCAGAACAUGAUGAGUGGUCUUGGUCCAUCAGGUAUAUCUUCUGGAACUGGCACAAUGAUUCCUACUCCAGGAAUGUCUCAACAAGUGCAACCAGGAAUGCCAUCUCUUGGUGUGAACAAUAUGCCCUUACCACAGCAGACAUCAGGUGCUAUGCAAACAGCACAGUCCAAAUAUGUAAAGGUCUGGGAGGGAAACUUAUCGGGGCAGAGACAAGGGCAGCCUGUUUUCAUCACCAGACUUGAAGGUUAUAGAAGCGCAUCGGCUUCAGAGUCGCUUGCAGCAAACUGGCCUGCGACGAUGCAAAUAGUACGGCUUAUAUCCCAGGACCACAUGAAUAACAAGCAGUACGUUGGGAAAGCAGAUUUUCUAGUUUUUCGAGCAAUGAACCAGCAUGGAUUUCUUGGGCAGCUGCAGGAAAAGAAGCUUUGUGCAGUCAUCCAGUUACCAUCUCAGACAUUGCUGCUUUCUGUUUCUGACAAAGCCUGCCGUUUGAUAGGAAUGCUUUUUCCUGGGGAUAUGGUUGUUUUCAAGCCACAGAUAACCAAUCCGCAGCAGCAACAACAUCAGCAACUGCAACAACAGCAGAUUCCGCUGCUGCAACAACAGCAACAGCUUGCACCGCUCCAGCAACAGCAACAGCUGCAACAACAACAACAGCUUCCCCAACUUCAGCAGCAGCAACAGCUUCAGCAGCAGCAGCAGCAGCAUCCCCAGCUUCAGCAACAGCAACAGCUUCCCCAGCUUCAGCAACAACAGCAGCUUCCACAACUGCAGCAACAACACCAGCUUUCCCAACUGCAGCCACAGCAGCAGCACCAGCCCCUACAACAGCAACAGCAGCCGCAACAAAUGGUUGGGACAGGAAUGGGUCAAGCUUUUGUUCAAGGUCCAGGGCGGUCAUCACAAGGGCCACCAAACAUGCCUGGAGGGGCCUUUCUGGGCUAAUAUGAAAAACUAAUUAGAGUACCCAUCACUUAUCACCUUAUAUUAUGAUCUAGCCCUUGUAAUUUCAUGUAAAGUAAAUUGUCACAACCUGCUCAAUGACCCUCAUUUGAGCUUUUAAAGGAGAGUAGAAAGCUGCUAGAGAUGUCUAAGUGUCGUACAUGAGCUUAGGAAAGACAUAUGUCUGACAAAAUGCAUCUAUUUAUGGUCAUAUCUUGUAUCCUAGUUAAUAUAUUUUUACAUCUAUAUAAAUGAAAUAGCGUGUUUAAGGAAUUAA